AUGACGUCCUUAGCGAGUUCAGUGUCAAAGAAUGUCGACGGAUUUCUUCAAUUCAUAAAUAAAAGUCCAACGGCAUUCCAUUGUGUCGAUCUCGUGAAGAAAACAUUGACUUCAUCCGGUUUCAAGGAAUUGCGAGAAAGUGAACAAUGGAAUAUUGAACCGAUGGGAAAAUAUUUCGUUAUUAAAAAUGGCUCGUGCAUUGCAGCAUUCGCCGUAGGUGGAAAAUAUCAAAAUGGAAACGGAUUUGCUCUAACAGCUACGCAUACAGAUUCGCCUCAUCUACGCGUCAAACCUGUUUCGAAACGUGACGUAUGUGAUUAUUUACAAGUUAACGUUGAAUGCUAUGGAGGUGGUAUUUGGCAUACUUGGUUUGAUCGGGAUUUGACACUAGCGGGACGGGUUUUCUAUCGAAAAAGUACCGAUAAAAUUAGUCAACAUUUGGUGCAUAUUAAUCGGCCUAUACUUCGUGUGCCAACCAUCGCCAUUCAUCUUAAGCGUGAUACAAAUGAAAAAUUAGAAAUUAACAAACAGGAUCAUUUACAAGCUGUUCUAUCGUUGAAAACUGAAGAAGAAUUGAAUAAAUCAUGUAAAAAAGAAGAACCUUGUGAAGGCAACAAAGUUUCUACUGAUGAAUCAAAAAAACAUCAUAGUCAAUUACUGGAAUUGCUUGCCGAAGAAUGUCAAUGUCCAGCCGGUGAUAUUAUCAACUUCGAUUUGAUCCUUGCCGAUACCCAACCAUCAUGUGUUGGCGGCUUACGAAAUGAAUUCAUCUAUUCAGGUCGAUUGGAUAAUCAAAUGAGUGCUUAUUGUGCUAUUCAAGGUCUCAUUCAUUCGUUGGAUACACUUGCAGAAGAUACUUUUAUCCGUGGCGCUUUGUUAUAUGAUAACGAAGAAAUUGGUUCGGAAAGUGCACAAGGUGCAAUGAGUGAAUUCACUCAACAUACCCUACGUCGCAUGACGCGUGAUGAAUACGAACGUUCCAUUUCCAAUUCAUUUCUUGUUUCGGCUGAUAUGGCUCAUGCCAUUCAUCCAAACUAUAGCAGUCUCCAUGAUCGGGACCAUCAACCAUCAUUAGUCAAUGGUGGUGUUGUGGUCAAAACGAAUUGUAAUAAUCGCUAUGCUACAACAGCAUUUACCGCAACAGUUGUGAAGGAAAUCGCCCGAAUCAGUAAUGUUCCUGUGCAGGAGUUUUGUAUGCGAAAUGAUAUGCCGUGCGGAACAACGGUUGGUCCAAUCAUUUCAUCACGUCUUGGAAUGUAUACUGUUGAUGUUGGUGCGCCCCAAUUGUCGAUGCAUUCUAUCCGUGAAAUGACAUCAACACAAACAUUGGAAUACUAUUUAGAGUUUUUUAAAGGAUUCUACAAGAACUUUAAACGAGUUUACGAUUCAAUUGACCAUUAG